UUCGUAUAGAAAUCUCGAAAUCUCUCAUUGAAUGCUUUCUAAAUGUAUGAUAGAAAGUACAAUUGUAAAUACAUGAUCAUUAAAUUUGUAUCCAAGUACACAAAAGACAGAUGGGUAAAAUGUUUUCAAGUUUUGCAAAAUCCAUUCAAUUGCUUUUGCUGUGUUUUUCGCUUGCCAACUUUCUUGAUCUUGCUUGCGCUGAUCCUCCCUACAAAGGUUGCUCAAACAAUUCUAGCUAUUCAGCCAAUAGUCCAUUCCAAAACAAUCUCGAGAUCCUCAUGUCCUCUCUUCGUUCAAAUGCAUCAGUUUCAAAACUUUACAAUACCUCUACUGGAAAUGAACUUGACAGAAUCUAUGCUCAAUAUAUGUGCCUCAACUAUGUAACACAUGAUGAAUGCAGUACUUGCAUAAAGGUAGCAUCACAAACUAUCACGCGGCUUUGCCCAGGAGAUAAGGAAGCAGUUGUAUGGGAAGAACUAUGCCAAUUGCGCUACUCAAGUCAAAAUUUCUUAGCCCACUUGGAUGUCUCAGGAAACAUUCCACAACAUAAUAAAAACGAUGUUAAAAAUCCAGUGCAGUUCAGAUCGGUGGUCAAUGAAGCUUUGGAUAACCUCAUUAAACAGGCUGCUUCUAGUGCUUCGGCAAAUAUGUACGCUACUACAGAAGUACCCUUCAACGAUACAUACACACUGUAUGCCUUGGUGCAAUGUUCUACAGACUUAUCCCCAGAUGAUUGUAACACGUGCCUUCGGGUUUCCCUAGCAAAUAUUCGGAAUUGCUGCUAUGCUUCUCGUGGAGUGCGGGUUCUUAGCCGCAGUUGCUACUUAAGGUAUGAGUUAUACGCCUUCUAUGAAGGUGAAACAACUCUGCAGAAAAAGGAAACCGAAAUAUGGAUGAUUAUCAUCCUUACAGUUGCAGGAGCACUUCUAGUUGUAGUCAUCUUAGGCUUCUUUCUCGUGAAGAGAAAUGGAAUUGAAAAAUGGAAGAAAGAAAAUACUAGACAACUUGAUAUAGGUCCUGGGAUUGGUCGCCCAAACCGCUGUGAUUUCCAGAUCCAAAGUUUUCAUAGGGAUGGUCUUAAUGUUCAGGAAUCUUCAUUUAUGGCUUUAGCUUCCAUAUACGAAGCUACUAAUAACUUUUCUAACUCAAAUUUUCUUGGAAAAGGUGGUUUUGGCCCUGUUUACAAGGGCAUACUGAGUGAUGGAAAGGAAGUAGCAGUAAAGAGACUUUCAACUUGGUCUGAGCAAGGCAUAAACGAGUUUACGAAUGAAGUUCGGCUAAUCAUAAAACUUCAGCAUAAAAAUCUUGUUAAACUGCAUGGUUUUUGUGUUGACGGAGAGGAAAAGCUUCUGGUGUAUGAAUUCAUGCCUAACAGCAGCCUCGAUGUUUUCCUUUUUGAUCCUAAGAAACGUGCACAGCUUAAUUGGCAAACACGAAUUGGUAUUAUAAAUGGAAUUGCAAAAGGAACUCUGUAUCUACACGAGGAUUCUAGGCUUAGAAUCAUUCAUCGAGACCUGAAAGCUAGCAAUGUGUUGUUGGACAAGGAUAUGAACCCCAAAAUUUCUGACUUCGGAAUGGCAAGGAUGUUUGCAGGCAGUGAAGUCGAAGCCAAUACUGCUAGGAUAGUUGGAACAUAUGGAUACAUGGCACCAGAGUAUGCUAUGGAAGGACUUUACUCCAUCAAAUCUGAUGUUUUUAGUUUUGGAGUUCUUCUACUUGAGAUCAUAACUGGAAAAAAGAAUUCUGGAUUCAAGUCAAAACGUGCUUCCAGCCUCCUAGCUUAUGCAUGGCCAUUAUGGAACGAAGGAAAUGAGCUAUUGUUGAUAGAUUCAUUGUUGGCCGAUUCAUGCUGUUUAGAUGAAUUCUCGCGAUACAUGCAUAUUGGUUUAUUAUGUGUUCAAGAAGAUUUUGGUGGAAGGCCUAGAAUGUCAUCUGUUGUAUCAAUGCUGAAAAAUGAAAGCUCAACUCUUCCCAAACCAAAACGGCCGGGAUUUUUUGCAUGGACAUUCACAGGCCACUGUGAGGCUAGUGCUAGCAAGUGCUCUGUCAAUGGCUUAACAAUUUCUGAUAUUUUUCCCAGAUGA